UGUCCAAUCAAAUGACAGGUGCUCAUUCAUCUUUGUAAAAGUAACAAUGGCCGACAAAAACAAAUUUUCACCAUCAACAAGUGGUCACAGUCUGUCCAGCCCUGCAUUGAGCCCUGAUGACACAACGACAGAAAAUGCAGAUGAUGAAGAUCCUUCCUUAGAAAACCAAGAUAAUGUUGAGCAGACACUGUUCAUCAAAAUGAAUGCACCACCCGAAAACCGGUGGUAUCAUGGUUGUCUGGGGAGACAGAAAGCAGAAGAAAGAUUGAGAACUGCAGGGGAAGUGGGAUGUUACCUUGUUCGUGAAAGUGAAAGUAACAAAGGAUCAUAUGUAUUGUCAUAUCUAGGGAAAAAUGGAAUGACUCAUUUCAAGAUCUCAGCAUAUUGUGGUGAUUACUACAUUGGUGGGAGGCGUUUUGACUCUCUGUCGUUACUAAUAGGUUACUACACAUCAGAGUCAUACUUACUGAAGGAGGAACAACUCAAAUCUCCUGUAGAACCACCUGAGCCAGUGGAUGAUAAGAGGAAAGUAGUUGCUAUCUAUCCCUUUUCUAAAAUGCCAGAAACAGAUGAACUCAGUUUUGAUAAGGGAGAUGUUUUUACUGUGUUAAAUGAGAUGGGAAAUUCCUGGUUAUGGGUGAAGUCACAGACCUCAGGAGAACAUGGACAGAUUCAUGGUGCUUUAGUGGAAGAUCUGAAUGGAAACAUUGAUCCAGAUGAGAGUUUAUGCUAUUUUCAGCCAAAUAUUUCAAAAGAAGAUGCUGUAGAAAAGCUUAGACAAGGAGGUCAAGGUAGUUUUUUAGUCAGACCAAGUGAGAAUUCACCAGGAAAUUAUUCAUUAUUUGUACUUUGUGACAAAAUAGUACAAAGGUUUAGGAUAGAAAAACAUGAGAGGCAGUUACUGAUGGGAGGAAGAUACUUUGACAGUUUGGAUGGUAUUAUAGAGCGUUACAAGAAAGAAGAAAUCGUGGAGGGUUUUACACUAGUCACACCAGUAGUUAGGGAGACAGGUCAGAAGAAGAAGUCUGAGCUAGAUGGUUCUGCAGAUGACUUGUAUGAAUCUAUUAGAAAUACUUCACAGGGUACCUUCAUCGGGAGAACCAACAAGUUUGAUUUCAAAGGAUUCUUACAUAUAAGAAAAGGUACACAGAAGAAAAAGUGGAAAAACAUGUUUUUUGUGUUGAUUGGGAGUGAAAAACAACUGUGCUAUCUAGAAAAUGAAAAGAGAUCUCGACCUAAAGGCUUGAUAGACUUAAAUUUCAGCUCACUAUAUCCAGUCCAUGACAGCUUCUUUGGCAGACCAAACUGUUUCCAGUUAAUCACGAAUGCCAACCCCUACAACCAUUUCCAGUUAUAUUAUCUCUGUGCUGAAAAUGGUGAUGAUGCACAGCGAUGGUUAAAAGUUCUCAAACCGUACUGUGUAAACACUCAACCCAUCAAGUCACAAGCCAUGGCAAGAAGAUUGAAGGAGUUACGUACCCUGACGGUAGAGAUUGGUGAUGCCCCUCAAUUACCUACUAAAACCUUACCACACCCUUAUUGUAUAGUGAAUUUAAAUAGUACAAUUAAAGUUUGUCGGACAGCUGUGAAGGAAGAAUUAAAAAGUUACUGGGAGGAAAAGUUUGUCUUAGAAGAUAUACCAAGUGAUGUAGAUGGUUUCAGCAUUAAUGUUUAUAAUCAAAAUAGGAGAUCAAAAGAUACAGAAAUUGCUCAGAUUGUGAUAAAAUAUCAAGAUUUUGAGGCUGGAGAGACCCUUGAUAAAUGGUAUCCCUUACAUCCUUCUAAUAGUAUAAUAAAAGGUGGUGAUCUGGGCUCAAUUAGAAUCAGGGCUAGGUACCAACAUGAGAUUAUCAUGCCUGAAGAUAAAUACUCCACAUUAAAGGAGCUUAUAUUAAAUGGUGACCUGAUAAACCUAUUAGAACUAUUCAACAUGUGUAGUAGUGAAAGAAUUCCAUUAGCCAAAGCUUUACUACAAAUUUUCAGACAUGAAAAGCAAGAAAAAGUUAUACUGAAAACAAUGAAUGAUUUUGAAAUUAACAGAGAAGAGGAAGUAUCUACGUUAUUUAGAGCUACGUCUCUUGCCACAACUUUAAUGGACCAGUACAUGAAAAUGACUGCUUCUCAGUUUGUCAGUGACGCUGUCAAGGAAUAUAUUUUAAAGAUUAUAGACAGUAAACUGUCGUGUGAGUUAAAUCCAGCCAUGUUAGAACCAAAUGAAAACAUAGUCACCAACAGAGAUAACUUUCAGAAGAAUCUGACAGAAAUGACAGAGAGUAUAUUUAAUUCUAAAGACAGCUGUCCACCAGUGUUACGCUAUAUAUGUGGUUGUUUACAAAAGACUGUUGCUGUCAAAUGGCCAAGUGAUGAUAGUGUGAAAACGAGGGUUGUAAGUGGUUUUGUAUUUUUACGGUUAUUAUGUCCAGCUAUUCUGAAUCCAAAGUCUUUCAACUUAAUUACAGAAACUCCAACAGAGACAGCUUCCAGAACUUUAAAGUUAAUAGCUAAAGCCUUACAGAACUUAGCCAAUCUUGUAGAAUUUGGUGCUAAGGAAUCGUUCAUGGAAGUAAUCAAUCCAUUCAUCAAGAAAAAUAAGCCAAGAAUGGUUAUGUUCCUAGAUAAUCUAUCUAUAAACCAAGAUAAAAUCUGUGACAGCCAGAAAACAGAAUCGGUAGUGGACGAUCUGGCCAGAGAUUUGGCUACUGUACAUCAGAUAUGUGCCACACACUUAAACGAUCUGAAGAAACUCAGUGAAUCAAUGCCUUCAUUAACGAAACUGGUUGCAGUUACAGAAAUUUUGACCGAUCACAAGAAAAGAUAUAUGACUUGAUGAAAGAAGAACUAAUUCUGAAUGUGUUCAAAACCUUAUUCGAUCACUUGUAAAAGUGAAUCUGAUUGGUUCAUUAAGUGUAGUUCACUUACAGAGCAACUGAUUGGUUGAUUAUGAUCCACUGGUUUCCUAGCAUUACCUUUAUGUUAAACCAGUAUAGGCUGUGAUAUUACAGUAGUGGCAGAUUUACAUUAGCUUUAAACAUUGGCCACCAUUGAUGCAUUUUUAAUAAGAUUUUUUUUAUGUAAAAUCUGUGAUCUUUAAGAAUUUAAAAGACCCUCAAAACUUAUUUUUUCUUCAAAUUAUGUGUUUGAGUGAACUAAAUAUAAGUGUUCUGCUUAAAAACAUAACUUCUUUAAAGAUAUAUGCUACUUCAUGGAAGCAAUCCUCAUUGUAAGAAUAAUGAAUAUUAUUAAGAAUUCACUCAUAAAGAAAGGGAAGUAACUUAUGUUGUGCUCUGUUUUGAAAAUGGUCUUUGUAAUUGUUUAUUGAUAGCAUUGUUGUUAAUGUAUGACACAAAUGAUGAAUUGGUGCCUCAAGCUUAUGUGUUCAAAUUAAUGUAUUUUUUUCUGCCUGUGAUACUGAUUUUUAAGUGCUUUAAACUUUUAUAUUUCUCAUUACAUUAUUGGAAAGGUAGAACAUUCUGAUAUCAAAUUCAGACAUCUUAGAUAUCCUUUAGCUAAGAGCCUCCUUUUGAUAUUUUUUUCUCAACCUGUUAAUCAUCCUUAAAAUUAAAUGUAUUUAUAAAUCAUUUAAAAUAUCUAUUGUCCCAAAGAGAUUUCUACUACAUUUCAUCUGCAAACAAAGUAAAUUUUAUAAAAGUUUUUAAUUAUGUGCAUAUUUUAAUCUAUUUUUUAUCAGAUUUGUUAUAUAAAUCACAAUUUUUUUAAUGGAUAUUUUAAUUUAAUUACUUUCCCAGACUAAACGUUUGUUGGUACUGAAUAUUUAUUUUAUACUGACCAAAUCAAUUAAAUUGUCAUAAUAAAGUAAUACAUAGCAUCAUUUUUGGGAUCAUAUGAAAUAAGUGCCUUCUCAUUACUUGCAAGGUACUGAAAACCCAGCAUUGCUUCUACCAUGAAAAAGUAUUGAAUUGAAAUUGCACACCAACAGUGUAGAAGAAAAAGGCAGCAAAAAAUUUCUUUAGUUUGCUGUUACUUUACAAGAUGGCAGUCAUUUAAAUAAUUCCUGUAAAUUCAUCAUUAUUCAUAGAAUACCAAUUUUUGUGGAUUUCGUGGUUAUAGGUGAACCAUCCAUGAUUUUCAAUGUUUUGCAAAAAUAAAAAAAUUCUAUAGGCUUAUAUGCAGACAAAACUAUGAUUUCAGAUAUCAAAAAAAAUACAAUCUUUUUCCUCAAUCCACAAAAAAUGGUUACCCACUAAAAUAUAGAAUCUACAAUAGUGGUUUAUUUGCAUACUUGGAAGAAGUCUGUAGUUUGAGACUACAGUUUAUAAAUAAAAUUUUAAUCGACCAACUUGUUUGUAGUUCUAUACAAGUCUUACAUUGUAGCUUUGAAACAAAUACAAACUUUUAAAAAAUAUUUUAUUCGGUAAAAAAUGAGAGAGAAAGCAAUUAGGAAACGUUGUUUCAAAAUGAUUUUUUUUUUUACUAGAAUGUGGUUCCUUACUAAGCCAUGUUUUACCUGUAGUUUCUUUUUACAUUCACACAUAACAGAAUACAAUUCUUAUAUAUGUUCUUUAUUUCCUCAUAGUUUUUGAUGUCCAUGUUAACAUUUAGUCAUACUACAUAUCUCCUGUCUCUUAUGCAAACUGUAUGAAAAAAGUCAUAAACAUGUGCCAAGUUAAAUAAUUUAUCAUUAAAAUAAGCCUGUGUCUAACAUUCAUUGAAUGUUUUUGUUUUGACUGUUAAAUAUCAGGGAAUCAUUCCAUAUAUGGGCUGGCUCAUGUCUUUAUUAAUUUCAAAAUUCCUGCAAGGAAAUAACAAUUAAUUUCUCUGUUAAUAAUAUAAUUGAAAGCUUUUUAUGAUAUAGAAAUAAGCUUUAAUAUUAAAGUCUUCAUAUGCUUAAUCAUUUAAAUUGAACAAAAAUAUCUUCUUAUAAAUACUUUUUGUUUGAAAGUCAAUGUCCAAUUUUGUUGUCAGGUAAUCAAACCACAAAAGUUCUUAGUCUAGGAAUAUUAAAUGCAAUUUGAUCAAACUUUUUAUGAAUGGUUAUCUAUAACAUUGUAAUGUUAAUUUUGAGAAGUGUUAUAGAUUGUCAUUUAGUUCUAGAAACUCUCUAGACUAAGUUUUAGGAGGUUUUCCUUUACAUUCGGCAUUGCCACACAAAGACGCUUUUUUUGCCAGUUUAUAACAUUUAUGUAUGAUAAAAUAUGUUUAUGAAUUUCUAACAUUACUGUACAUAUGAAAACAUAAUUUAAUAUUUAUAUUUGACUUUAAUUUAAAUCCCUUAAAUACAUUAUUGUUUUUUAUUUGAUUUAUUAUAUUAAGAAAGUACAUAAUAGUCAUAUAAGUUAGCUAUUAAGGUAAAAAUAGAUUUUUUUUAAAUGAUAUUUUGUAAUAUUUUAAAGAAGCACAUGUGCAAUAUUUUAAUAAAAGUGUGCAGUCUCUGGCUGCUGAAAUACAUAA